UUGAGGAGAUUCACUCCAUGGAAUCCAAAUUGAGUGAGCAAAAAGUUGUCACUUACAAGCAUGUCAAACCUUCCAUUGUGAAGGCACUACCAAAGGUAGUUCGUAUUUCAGUGACGGACCCGUAUGCCACAGAUGAUGAAGAUGAGGAUGAAGAUGAAGGGUUGGUUAGAAUCAAGAAGUUUGUAAACGAGAUCAGAAUGGUGGAUAAUCACUGUUCAACUAACACUGAGUCCCCUGUUCAUGUGAAACAUCACCACAAGGAGAGAGUCAUCACAGCAAAAACUGAGAAAGGUAAUGGAAGAAAGUUUAGAGGAGUUCGUCAAAGGCCAUGGGGAAGAUGGGCUGCAGAAAUCAGAGAUCCUGUGAAGAGGACAAGAGUGUGGUUAGGGACUUAUGACACUCCUGAAGAAGCUGCCAUGGUUUAUGACAAAGCAGCUAUAAACUUUAGAGGCUCUAAUGCUCUCACUAACUUCAUCAAGCCUCCUACAAGUGAAGAAAACAUCAACACUGAUGUUGUUUUUGAUUAUGGUCUUAAUGAAUCUGAAGAUAGUGUGAGUGGUUUGGUUGAGAAUGAGAAUGUGAGUAGUGGGAAUGAUUCAAGCAAAGAGUCUCAUUUGCCUUCACCAACUUCUGUGCUUGGAUUUCGACAUUUUAUGUUGGAGGAGAUUUCUGAAACAGAUGGUGUGAUCAGAGAGGACCCAAGUUUGCUAGAUAGUUUUUUGUUUUCAGAUUCAUCAUCCAUUGAUAGUUAUUUCAAUUUUGAAACUCCUCCACCAGUUUUUCUUCAUGAAACUAGUGCGACGGAACCUGUUUUUCAUGACAAUUUCAGUGAUAUUUCCCAUCUUGUCAGUAAGGAUUUUCAAUUUUGUAAUUGGGAUAUAGAUAGUUACUUCAAUGAUCUUUUUCAGUGA